GCGCGCCCGGCACGAUGCGGAGCAGCCGGCGCCCGGGACCUUUCCUCUGCCUCCUUCUGCUGCUCUGCCGCCCGGAGCUCGCCGCCGCCCAGGCGGUGUGUGCGGGGACCCUGAAUGGGCUGAGUGUGACGGGCGAUGCCCAGCACCAGUACCAGACGCUCUACAAGAUGUACAACAACUGCGAGAUCGUCAUGGGCAACCUGGAGAUUGUGCUGAUCGACCACAAACAGAACCUGUCCUUCCUGCAGACCAUCCGGGAAGUGACAGGCUAUGUCCUGAUCGCCAUGAACGUCUUCACGUACCUGCCUCUGGGGAACCUGCGCGUCAUCCGGGGCACCCAGCUUUACGAGGACAAACACGCCCUCUUUGUGCUGCUGAACUACCACACCAACGGCUCGCACGCCCUCCGCCAGGUGGGGUUCAACCAGCUCACGGAGAUCCUGGCGGGCGGGGUUGACAUCGAGAGGAACGAGCAGUUGUGCCACGUGGACACCAUUGAGUGGAGGGACAUCAUCCGGGACCCGCUGAUCGACCCGGUGGUUCAGCAGAAUGGCAGGAAGUGUGAGUGUCCGGGAGGGGGCAGCCCCGGCCCCUGCUGCCUCUGUCCUGCUGGUGACGGCCCUGGCUCUCCUUGCGCCAGGAAUCUUAAGCCCCAGGAUCUGGCCUGCCGCCACUUCAACGACAGUGGGGCCUGCGUCCCGCUGUGCCCGCAGCCGCUGAUCUACAACAAACUCACCUUCCAGCUGGAGCCCAACCCCGACACCAAGUACCAGUACGGGGGCAUCUGCGUGGCCAGCUGCCCACAUAACUUUGUGGUGGAUCAGAGCUCCUGUGUGCGGGCCUGUCCCAAGGACAAGAUGGAGGUGGAGAAGAACGGCCUGAAGAUGUGUGAGCCGUGCCCUGGACUCUGCCCUAAAGCCUGCGAGGGGACGGGCACCGGGAACAAAUACCAGACUGUCGAUUCGAGCAACAUCGACACGUUCGUCAACUGCACCAAGAUUCUGGGCAAUCUGGAUUUCCUCAUCACGGGGCUGAAUGGGGACCCCUGGCACAACAUCUCAGCCCUGGACCCGGAGAAGCUGAACGUCUUCCGGACGGUGCGGGAGAUCACGGGUUAUCUGAACAUCCAGUCGUGGCCCAAGCACAUGUACAACUUCAGUGUCUUCUCCAACCUCGUCACCAUCGGGGGCCGGAGCCUGUACAACCGCGGCUUCUCCCUGCUGAUCAUGAAGAACCUGAACGUGACGUCGCUGGGGCUUCGCUCGCUGCAGGAGAUCAGCGCCGGGAAGGUGUACAUCACCGAGAACCGGCAGCUCUGCUACCUCCAUACCGUCAACUGGGGGGCGCUGUCCCGCCGCAGGGCUGACCUGGAGAUCAAGGACAACAAGCCCUGGGGCAAGUGCGUGCAAGAAGGGAAGGUGUGUGACCCGCUCUGCUCCAGCGACGGCUGCUGGGGGCCCGGCCCCGACCAGUGCAUCUCCUGCCGCAACUACAGCCGGGAGGGGACCUGCGUGGCCACCUGCAGCUUCUACCAGGGGGCAACCCGGGAAUAUGCCCGCGGGGGCGAGUGCUACCAGUGCCAUCCGGAGUGCGAGAGGAUGGAGGGCAACGUGACCUGCAACGGCUCGGGUGCAGACGCCUGCAUGAGAUGUGCCCGGUACAAGGACGGGCCCCACUGCGUGGACAGCUGCCCUGAGGGCAUCCUGGGAGAGCAGGGGCCCAUCUACAAGUACCCGGACGCCCACCGCGAGUGCCGCCCCUGCCACGAGAACUGCACGCGGGGAUGCCUCGGGCCUCAGCUCCAGGACUGCGUCACAGAGCCCCUACCCGUUGCCAGGAAAAGCCCCACGGUCAUAGCAGUGAUGGUCGUGGGCUGCCUCUUCAUCUCCUGCUCCUGCUUCCUGCUCACCCUCCUGUACUGGCGCGGCAAGAAGAUCCAGAAGAAGCGGGCAAUGCGCCGCUACCUGGAGAGGGGAGAGAGCCUUGAGCCCCUGGACCCCAGGGAGAAAGCCAACAAGGUGCUGGCCCGGAUCUUCAAGGAGACGGAGCUGAGGAAGCUGAAGGCGCUGGGCUCGGGCGUGUUUGGGACGGUGCACAAGGGCGUCUGGAUCCCGGAGGGAGACUCCGUCAAGAUCCCUGUCAGCAUCAAGGUGAUAGAGGACCGGAGCGGCCGCCAGACCUUCCACGCCAUCACCGACCACAUGCUGGCUAUUGGCAGUCUGGACCACGCCUACAUCGUGCGGCUGCUGGGCAUCUGCCCCGGGACGCAGCUGCAGCUGGUGACGCAGCUCCUGCCACUGGGCUCGCUGCUCGACUACGUGCGCAAGAACAGGGACGCCAUCGGGCCACAGCUGCUGCUCAACUGGUGCGUGCAGGUUGCCAAGGGCAUGUACUACUUGGAAGAGCAUCGCAUGGUCCAUCGGAACCUGGCUGCCCGCAACAUUCUGCUGAAGUCGCCCAACCAGGUGCAGGUGGCGGAUUUCGGCAUCGCCGACCUGCUCUACCCCGACGACAAGAAAUACUUCUACAAUGAGAUCAAGACGCCCAUUAAAUGGAUGGCGCUGGAGAGCAUCCACUUUGGGAAGUACACACACCAGAGCGACGUCUGGAGCUACGGCGUGACGCUGUGGGAGAUGAUGACGUUUGGGGCAGAGCCCUACGCGGGGAUCCGGCUUGCUGAGGUGCCCGACCUGCUGGAGAAGGGCGAGCGGCUCAUGCAGCCCCAGAUCUGCACCAUCGAUGUCUACAUGGUGAUGGUGAAAUGCUGGAUGAUCGACGAGAACGUCCGUCCCACCUUCAAGGAACUGGCCAACGAGUUCACUCGCAUGGCCCGCGACCCGCCCCGCUACCUGGUCAUCAAGAGGGAGAGUGGGCCGCUGCCCCCCGCCGAGCCCCCCCUGAGCGAUAAGGAGCUGGAGGACAUGGAGACGCUGGAGCUGGAGGAGGAGCUCGGCCCCUUCAACACGGCCAGCAGCCUCUUUGCCUCCAGGCAGCGUGUGGACUACGCCCGGAGCCCGAACCUGAGCCCCCCAGCUGGGUACAUCCCCAUGAACCAGACCGGCCUCAGCAGCUGCCGCCAGGGCACCGGGCUGGGCUCCCGGCAGACCCUGCGGAUCCGACAGGAGUCAGUGGGCCGCACGGUGUCGGAGUCGUCGGAGGGCCGGGGCACGGCCUCGGAGUGCGAGCUGAUGGAGGAGCUCUCCCUGCCGGGCAGCCUCCUGUGCCAGGGCCUGCGCUCCCGGGGCGACAGCGCCUACCUCUCCCAGCGCGAGAGCUUCCCCCUGCCUGCGGGCAUGGCCGACGGUGAGGACGACAUCAAUGGCUACGUCAUGCCGGAUAAUCACGGCCGAGAGCGAGCGGGCAGCGCUGCCCGGGCAGUGCGGGACAGGCCCCUGGGCUGCGCCUCGGAGCCGGAGGAGGAGUACGAGUACAUGAACAGACGCCCCCCACAGCCCCGGCCGGCCUCCCUGGAGGAGCUGGGCUACGAGUACAUGGACCUGGGCUCGGAGCGCAGCGCCUCCCUGGGCAGCGUGCUGAGCUCCCAGCUGCCCGUGGCCGGCUGGGAGGUGGCCGCGGCCGAGGAGGACUACGAAUACAUGAACAAGCAGCCCAAACUCAGCCAGUCCCGGAGCAGCGUGCUGAGCUCGCCGGGGGCCGGGCGGGACGACUACACCUGCAUGAGCGCGGCCGUCCCCCGGGGCUCCCCCGAGGAGCAGGCCUACGAGGUGAUGGAGGCCAUCCUGGCGCCGGGGAGCGGGUACCCGGGCUGCCAGAGCUCGCCCUGCCCCAAGAACGGCUUCAUGAAACCCCUGCGGAGCCUGGAAGCCUCGGACUGCGCCUUCGACAACCCCGACUACUGGCACAGCCGGCUCUUCGCCAAGGCGGACGCCCAGCGGACCUAGGGGGCAAUGGGGGGAGGCCCAACUCGUCUGUCCCCGGGGGGCAGGGCCAUUGGAUUCCAGCACCUGCCCACCUCUCGCUGAACGAGCCCAGCCGGGGGGCUGGGAGCAAACGUCCUUCCCCAGCCCGAGGGGGUAUUUACAGGCUGGGCAGAAAUGGCGAACGCUCCCUUAAUGGAGCAGCAGGGACGGGGGCCUGCCCCUGUGUCUGUGCCCAUUGCAUGCUGGGAUGCAGGCUGGUUCUGGCAGCUGGGGGGCAAUGCACUGCCCCACUGUGAAA